GCUUGGAGGUAGAAAAAAGCAGUUGAUGAAUUAAGCCUUUCGGUGAGGGAAAUUGAUGAUAUCGAUGCGCUUUUGGAUUUUACUACAGGGUUGAAGAACGGUUUUUGUGAUUAAUUCUCAUGAAUUAAAUUCUUCAUAUUGACUCACUAAUAAUGAUGUGAAGAUAAUAGAAAGUAACCGAUAGUAUCAGCUUUAGAUGACACUAACUCGUAGUGAGUUAUUCAGCUGAAAUAAAAAUCCGGUGUGCACAUUAUCUACACCUAUAUUUAUAUUUAACAAGCGGAGAGCCUCGAUCUCAUAUGGACACUAUGCUCUUUUGGCUUGUGUUGUGUGUGUGUGUGCGUUAACACGAAUGCUUCCACCAUAUUUUUUCCACCUUUUCCUUGCUUAUUUCAGGAUUAGAUGACCUCAGAGAGUAAUCACCCCUCCCGUCUUCUUUUCAUUUAAUUCUCUAGUAAGUAUUUUAUAUACUUAAAUAUUUAUUUGUUUAAAGUUUUUUUUAAUUAUUAACACGCGAUUCCAACACCGACCCUUUUCCCCUUGAACGUGUCAUUUUUCUUGUUUCAGGGAUUAAUUUGGAAGCUUAUAGGUGUGUGGCCGUUUUGUUUUUAUAAUAAAAAGCUUCAGUUUGCGCUUUGGAUUUUCCCUUACGCAUUCCAAGUAAAUGGAUGAGUUUUCGGUAGAUAUUCAGGGUUACGACAUAGAGGCAGAUGAGGAAUACUCCUCGUGGAUUACUUGGUUUUGCGAGCUCAAGGGAAAUGAGUUCUUUUGCGUGGUUGAUCGCGAAUUUAUAACUGAUGAAUUCAACCUGACCGGCUUGUCAACGAUGGUGUCGUUUUACAACUAUGCCUUGGAUAUUAUUUUGGAUAUGGAGAUGUUGAGCAAUACGCAGCUAGCGGAAGAGCAGCGACGGUUGGUAGAAAGCUCUGCGGAGACCUUGUAUGGGCUCAUUCACGCCCGCUUCAUUACCACCAACCGAGGACUGAAAUUGAUGGAGGAAAAAUUUGUGCAGUGUGAGUUUGGCGUCUGCCCACGGGUUUUUUGCAGCGGUCAGCCGCUCCUGCCGGUCGGGCAAAGCGAUAUUGUGCGGGAAAGUUCUGUCAAACUUUUUUGUCCAAAAUGUCAGGAUAUUUACUACCCUCGAUCGAAUCGCCACCGGACGCUGGAUGGGGCUUUUUGGGGGACCACGUUUGCGCACCUGUUGUUAAUGCAAAUGCGUGAAAAUGCCCUCAAUAUCAGCAAACCAACGCAGAAGUAUAUCCCGCGGAUCUAUGGCUUUCGCAUCCGAAAGCAGGAAUCGGAGACCGAGGAAAUAAAAGAGCAUAAACCGCGGACCAUAGAAAAGACAGAUGAGCUUCCAUCCAUCCUAACUGGCGGCGGCGGAAAUUUCUAA